AUGAAAUUUGUCAAAGUUUCGAAAGGAAGGAGGAUCGUGUUUUUGUUACUGAUUACUGGUUUUGCGGGUAUCGUUACAAUUAAUAUAUGCUCAUGGAUUUCUACAACUAAACAGCAACCAACCAUACACCGGACAUAUUUGAAAACUAGUGCAAGAUGCCCUCAGAAAUUUCCGCUUUUGAUCCUGGUUCUUUCCAGUCCGUUAAACUUCCAACAGCGACGAGUGAUUCGUCAAACUUGGGGGACAGAUUAUGCCAUGGACAAAACUUGGAAAACCAUGUUUUUAUUGGGGCAAGCAAAACAUCCAAUGGAAGCGAAAUACUUGAUUGAGGAGGCAGUCAUUUAUGGUGACCUCAUCCAAGGUCUCCAAACAGAUUCGUACUCCAAUUUAACCUUAAAAACAGAAAUGGGCUUAGAAUGGGCAGUAAAAUAUUGUGACUUUGAUUUCCUUUUAAAAACAGAUGACGACGUUUUCGUGAACCCUUACAAACUGGUAGAUUAUUUAAGGAGACCACAGACUCCCAAAAGACAGUUAUAUCUAGGAAAUGUCGCACAACGACAGAAAACGAGACGAAGAGGAAAAUGGGCUUUAUCCCUCCAGGAAUACCAAAGCAAUUUUCUUCCAAAAUUCUGUCUCGGUCCUGGCUAUGUGUUAUCAAAAGACCUUGUCAGCCGAUUUGUAGAGAUAUUUGACGUGAAGAAACCUUUGAAACUCGAGGAUGUGUACAUGGGAAUGUUGGCGGAAAGAAUUGGCGUGAUCCCCAGCAAUCAUUCAGGAUUCAUAACGUACAGUGAAGAGAAGCAUUGCGCGUACAAUUCUAAGUGGAUUGUUGUACACGAGGCGUCGCCAUACUGUAUUAUAAAAUUGUUCGACAAAGCUUUAGAAGAAAGAUUUCGUCAAGUUGGUAAAGGUACACAGGUUAACUUGCUUUAGAGAUGAAUGUAUAAAUUGAAAGCAGUCGGCAUAGAAUUGAUGCAGAUUAAAGGUUGAGUUCUGGGUGUACUAUGCGACUCAAUCAUGCUGAUGUUUGUGUUUAUAAGAGGAGUGGGUAUGCUGUUAUCAUCCUUCCAUAUUAGCCAGCGAAAUAAAGAAAAACUUGUGCCCUUGUUUGAUUUGCUUUGUGAUCCGUCUGCUUGUCUUAGCUAACUGAUGCCUGUGGUGCCAACUGACUCGCUAAGAAAUAGACUAACUUGCUGAAAGUCUAUUAGGCUUACAGACUGAAUGGAAGCCUAGCUGACUGGUGAGAUGGCUGGUGAUCCACCUGUGUAAUUGGCUGAUUAAAUGGCUGAUUGGCUAGCUGACUGACUGACUCACAGGCUACAUAACUUACUCGAUUUCUCUCUAGCAGCCAGACAGCAGUCAGACAGCAGCCAGACAGCCAGCAAUCUAACAAGGUGACUGACUGACUGGCAAACCUUUGGCCUGGCUGACUGGCUGACACUGGACUGAUUGGUGAGCGGUGGGCUAGUUAGGUAAAGUUAACUCACCAGCUGACCAGCUAACUGGCUGGCUGGACCGCUAACGCUGAAUUAAAUAGCCUAUUAGGUGACUGUUAGACUGCUCAAUGGCCGACUAAUAGAUCAGUUCCAAUAUUGCUAUAAUUCUUAACUUUACUACCAAGACGCCAUAUUUUCGAACUCUCUCUUUGUCCGCUGUAUUCCAUUCAAUGAGACUAGCACAUAUCCAUAAAACUAGACGACACAGUAAUAAAUAACUCAACUAUGAGAAGAUUUCAACUAUUCGAUUAAAACAUCCACGUGCCAAUUCGAAUUAUCCGGCCUGAAGCCCUCAGCCGCAGAGGCGGGUGUUUAGCACCGGGAAGCAGUGACAAAAACCAGGACGUUGGGUUUGAAAAUUGGUGAAUAUUACUUGGGGUAUAUCACCGGAUAUAUCCCAGUUUUAACUGUGGCAUAUCCGGUCGCAUGAUGCCUUUCGACCAAUGAUCACGAAAAAAAACGGGGCCAAAAGUAAUGUAGGGUUGAGAUUAUAUGAUAAAAUAAACACUCUGCUCUGGCAAAUCCAUGAGACUGUUUCAAGAAAUAAAUGGAAAGAUUCUGGAGAUAACGUUCUAGACAUGAAAUGGUUUAUCUUUUCCGUUGUUGAAAGUUUCUAACGUGAUGUGUUCAUGAAAAUUUCAGAAAUUCUAAAGUGUAAUUAUGUUUUGCGUCAAAAGUUAUCGCAUUUUGCGUUUUUGUUACAGUUUGUGUCGGGCAUUACUUGUUUUGGCGGAGUACCCUCACCCCUAUUUUAGCUUCGCCCCCUAAAAACUGUUGCUAUAUUAUAACCAGUGAGGUAGAGAGAGGUCGCAGAAGGCAACAUAAUCCAUGAAAGGGCCUUUGGACUGAGACCAAGACCGAGCCACACCGUUGAAUAUUAAAAAAAAAAAAAGAAUUUAUUUCUGAGUGUUCAAUCAGCUUUAAAAAAUUAUGCAUAAAAAACGCGAAAUUUUUAGAGCUGUAUAUCUAUCGCAGUGGAACCGACUUCUAAUGAUGGGAAAGCCACGAUUUAUACAGGACAUUCCUUUAGCUUCAAGAGCUCAAUAAACGUUCAGUGUUGAAAGGAGCCAGUUCGUUCGCCAAUUUUUCUGUAACUGUGUAUAAAGAACUGUCCCCUGAGAAACGACACUCGGCUUAAUUGAAAUGUUGUAACUUUAAUUUCACCGCUGGAUCACAGUAUCCUCCGUUGAAGCUUCCGUAACCUUGGCACUUGCGGAAAUAGCAUGAUGCGAUCAAAAUGCCUGCAAUAAAUCGCAAAAAGCGAGGCACUUAAGCUUUCGAACGCUGAGCAUUUAGAAAAUGAUUUGGGAUGGCAAACACUUUCAAGUUCGGGGCCACUUUUAAAUUAUCGAAGAAGUAGGCUGGCUAUAAGUUACUAGUGUACAAAGUUGUCACGUUGUCAUAUAAACAUUAACUGAAAAAAAAAUAAUGACAUCUCGUUGAGAAAUAAAUGGGUAUCAUUUGAUAACGUCUUUCACGAAAGAAAAAAGAAUUGCAGUAGUAUCGAUCCAUCAAAGACUUGAAUGAUUUAGUAGGUAAUGAACCAUUAAAGCCAUCUUAUAUUAACUUAAUCUUGAUACGAAAGCACUCGUUUCGCGAAGGAAAAGAUCACUUUUCGAAAUUUUUUUUUAUGUUUGCAUAUCCUUUUUCCGUAAGCUGUACAAAAGGGAAGAAUUCGAGGUUACGUACUGACAAGGGACAAGAACAGUUUUCCGUGGAGUCUAUAUAAUUUCCGAAAAAACUAUUGCAUUUUUUUGAAAAUGAUUACGCAUUGAUGACAAGGGCGGUAAGCAUAAAUAUGAAGCUGGCAUUUUCACCAUAAAUGCAUCCAGGUAAAUGAUUCUGUGAAACUCGAAAAAUUUCAAAGUCUUUCAAAAAUAGCAAUCGAACUGACAGUAUGAGAGGCGAGCAAAAGACAGUAUAAUUUCAUCAUCAUGUAACAGUCCUGCGACGUCUGACGAUGUAUUGAAGCUCGAGACGUCAGCUUUGAAAACUCUUUAAAGAGGCCAAUUUACAUCAUCAUCUCAGCUUAUGUUGCCUCCGUUUUCAGUACAUGUAAAUAAUAACUCAUGAACAUUUUUACAUUUUCAGAUGAAAGCGAAGAAGAAUAAAAAUGAAAAUGAACUGUAAACAUAGAUCCAUGAAUAUUUCUUUAAAAAACUGAAAGAUGUGACCUUUUUCUACAUUUGUUCUUUUUUAUUCUGAGAGUUAAUAUUUACAUUGGGGACUAUACACGUUUACUGAUUUGGAAAUCGAAAGAAAACGCUCCUUACAGGUUAUAAGUGCUUCAUAUCUUCUUAUUUUCAAACCUUAUCUAUUGGCUGAUUUGUCUUAUUUUUUUCAUUUUUCACAGUCGACUCAUCCAUAUAACACCAUGGCAAAAUCAAGGAUUGUGUUUAGGGAUGUGAUCGUGGUAGGGGCAGGCUGGUCGGGUCUUUUGGCUUGUAAAUGCAUGUUAGAGGAAGGUUUAACUGUAAUGGCAUUAGAGAAGCGCUCUGACGUGGGCGGGCUGUGGUGCUACACUGAAGAUUCAGAUGUGAUUACCGUCAUGAGGAACACGAAAACCACUUCCUCUUCGUCCGUAACUGAGAUGUCCGACUUUCCGAUGCCCGAGGAGAUUGGCCAAUUUCCAAAGCACGAGGAUGUACUCAAGUAUUUGAGGUCGUACUGUGAUACUUUUCAUUUAUGGCUGCAUAUUCGCCUUGAUCAUUGCGUGACGAAAAUAACGAAAGACGGCGAACUUUGGCGAGUGAAGUGCGAGAACGGCCGACAGUACACGAGCAAGUUUCUGAUUGUGUGUACGGGAAGCGUUCAGAAGCCCAACCGCGAUCUUCAGCAUUCGUUACUUAAAGACUUUGUCGGAGAAAUUCGCCAUAGCUCCGAGUUCAAGACGUUUAUUCUCGAACAUGCUAAUAAACGCGUAAUGCUGAUUGGUGGUGGAGAAACAGCAAGUGAUGUUGUCGAGGAAUGGUACGAUCACGUUUCACGCCUAAUUUGGUGUAUACCACGUGGGAUGCAUUUCUUCCGGAAGUUUGCAAAAAUUCUUCCUCAUCGUCAUCCUCAGGCACUGGACAAAGCCUCUUCUAGAGUUAUGAAGUUUAUUGCUCCCUUCACGAGGAGUAAACCAGGUUAGAAAAACUGAUGGAUCGAUCAUCGAUUAUAUCAAUCAGUUAAUUGAUUGAUUGAUGAUUGAUUCGAUGAAUAACUAACAACUACUCACCGUAGGUAAAUAUCCAUCGUUAGCCAAAAGGUGAAUAGUUGCUUUAAGUAGAUACUAAAACAGUGAGAUAAUAUUGCGCAAAAAGAUGAUUUUAACCCAUUCAUUCCUGCAACGACUGCAAUAUUUUCAGGCGCAAAUCCCGCGCUAGUUGUUCGGCGGCGAAUGGCAAAAGAUAUUCAGAGUUUGAGUUGCCAAUCAGAACACGCCUUUAACGCUAUCCACUGUUCUAGUAUAUACUAAUGUGAGGUAACUUAUCUUUAUCUUUUAAACAACUUAUUUAGAAUAAGCGCUCCGAACUCUAUUGCCUUUUUUUUUGCCUUUUUCCAAUUUUUUUUCGUUCAUUGACGUUGCAUGAAAGCGGGCGUACGUGCGAUGAGUAUAGGCGACCUCGCGAAGGCAAGACUUUUUUUACAGUGGUUUAAGGACGCAGGAAAUCACUGAUCAUUUGCGAUUCGACAUAAUUUUAUCCGCACUCUUACGAUGCUGAUCUUUUCCUCAGCCGUUGAUGCAUUAAGUAUUUGAUGUAUAUUUUAAAACCUCCCAUUUCUCGUCUCUUUCGUAGGUUUGGCAUGGAUCUGCAAAUGGACCGCAAACGGUUCUCUUCUUGCCUAUCAAGGCCAUGGUAUUGCUGAGUGGAAAAAUGAUGCUAAAUUCUUUCGCUUCUUCAUCAACAAAAAUGGGCACGUGUUGGAUAAAGUGGAUUACCAACGUUGCAUUCCUAAGGGAGCCAUUAAGAGAAUUAAAGGAAACAGAAUCACCUUUAAUGACGGUACUGAAGAAGUUGUUGAUGUAAUUAUCCAAUGCACAGGGUAUAGAACAGAAUUCCCCCUCCUUCCGGAAGAAUUCCGAAACGUUUCUCUCGUGGAUAACUACAAAUACAUCUUUAACAUUGAAGACCCAACAUUGGCAUUUGUUGGCUACGUUCGUCCUGUAGUCGGCUCGAUCUCGGGAAUAACGGAGAUUCAGUCGCGUUUCGUCGGAAAAGUGUUCUCGGGAAAGUGUCGCCUUCCAUCGAGAGACCAACGUUACCAGGAGGCUACUAAGGACAAGGAAUUCUGGGACGACUUCUUCAGAGACUCAUCCCGAAGAUUGGUUACCUUGGUGGAUGGGUACACCUAUAUUGAUGAUAUCGGCAGCCUUUGUGGAAUAAAGCCAGACUACUGGAGGCUGCUGAGGCGCAAUCCUCGCGGCUGGUUGUUGGCUUUGUUCGCACCAUUCAGUGGAUGCUCGUUUCGUCUUAAUGAACCUGAAAGUGAAGCUGAGGCCUUGGAACAUUUGAGGGAACACAUGAGUGACACCCUAAGUCCCGCGCAUUUGCUGUUGAUAGCGUUCCUUCGCUUCAUCUGGUUCGACUUUUGGCUUAACAUUCUCAGUGAGAUUAAAUACAGUAUUCAGUGCGCUGGCUGGUGGAAGAAGAUUAGAGAAUGCCAACUCGUGCACAUCCUAAAUUGGUGUUGGCAAGCCCCCAAGCGAGUGCUGUUUGACAAUGCAACCAGAGCUUAA